AUAUAUAUAUAUAUAUAUAUAUAUAUAUAUAUAUAUAUAUAUAUAUAUAUAUAUUUUGUACCCUUCGAAUUUUUACCUAUAUAAACUUAAAUAUUCCGUAACUUCCACCUCUGUUUGGCAACACUGCCAUUGUCGCAGACCCAAACAUUCAACAACAACGUCUGCCUCGUCAACAGCAGCACCAUCAGGGAAACACUCCUUGAACACAAACCGCUACCAUGGUGUACCUGCACUUUCCAAGCAACCUCACUGAGGAGGAACAGAUGCUGCAGGCCAAGUAUCAGAAACUGCGACGAAAGAAAAAAGCUUUGCAUGCCCUCAAAGCACCUAAACAAGAGCCAGAGCCACUGGUUCCCUUGAAACGCCCCAUGGAAGCUAAGGAUGCAAAAGAAAUGGCCAAGAAACUCAUCAAAUCCGGAGCCAUCAAAGUUCCAGAGAGACCACAGGCAGCUACUGAGAAGACAACAUUCAAACGCUCAAUGGGCUUGGAGAGAAAGUUAUCAGCUGCUGACAAAGCUCCAUCAGGUUAUCAACCAUUUUCUACAACCCACCCAGAGGAAGAGAUUCACGAGUCCAGGGUCAAAGUAAAACAAAAUUUGUACGAUAGUUUUGUAACAGCACGAGACCGAGAGGAGCGUGGGGAAUUUACUAGAGAUGGACGAGGAGCAGAUGGCAAGCCCAGACAAGGACACACCAUUUAUGUGUAUGGAUAUCACAUAUCAGAAGAGGUCCUUAAAAAGGCCUUCUCCACUUUUGGGAACAUUGUCAAUGUUAACAUGGAAAUUGAAAAAAAUUGUGGAUUUGUUACCUUCGAUAAAGUUGAAUCUGCUGAGAAAGCUAUUGCUGAUAUGAAUGGCAGCAUGGUGUCUGGCAUCCAGCUCAAAGUGUCACUUGCACGUCGGCAGCCUGUCAUUGAUCCUAUCAACGAUGCUUCUUCUUCAGCCACUUGGUCCACCAUUGCUGCAAGUCACUCGCAGAAAGGAUCACACAAGGAUAAGAGGGACCUGGUAGCCUAUGAUGAUAACUUCUUCUGAGGAUGCUGCAGCAUUGUACUACAUAGGGAUCGACUCAGCUAUCCCUGCAAUUUGGAAUGAAAUUAGAUCACUAGCUGUGUGUGCAGCAACAACUCCUGCAUUCAAGUCAGGCAAACUUUAUAGCAUGUGCAUCCUUGCAGGACCUCUUUAAUGGCUGCUGUCUUUUUGGGUUCCUUAUGCCACCCAUUAUUGCCAUAAUGGAGGAUUGGACUUCCUUCAGCUUCUUUAACCUUAUCAAAAUCAAAUAAGAUUAUGUGUUGUAAUAAUCUUGGGUGAUUGUCAGUUGUAGAUAAUUAUUGAUUUGUAAUGGAGGAGUUGUAUUGUUGCAAGGUGCUAAGGUUCCCAGCCUAUGAGGACAUUCAAUGAUGUAAAAGGCAACACAAGAGGAUUACUAGUUAUUUAAUGUUCAGAUUUGUUAAGCACAUGAAUCUAUCUGGUUAUGCUGAUAAAUUGGAAAAUUGUUUUAUUACAUAUUGCUUUAUGACUGACAGAAAAGUGACUGAAAAUGUACUUUGCAGAAAGGGGAAGCACUCCAUCUUGUGUUUCUUUAAACAAGAGAAUCUGGACCAGAUGAUGCCUGGCAUCAACCCUCUGGCUUUGUGGUUUGCUAGUUUUAGUUCUGCUAUCCAUCACGUCUGAUGCUCUCCAGAGUGUAUAGAAAAAACUAAUUUCCACAAAAGAAGCACAGUAUUCAGUGCAAUAAAUGCACAUACUGUCUCAGGUAAUUAAGUUCAAGAAUUACCUGUUACAGAAACAUUUACAAAGACUUAUCAAGCUAUGCAGAAGUUGAAGAGUGGCAUGUGAAUGGUUACAAUGAUGACACAAGAGGAACCACAGUGGAGGCUAGAAGGGAGUGAAUAUUGAUGCAGAUAUUGUUUGAGUGAAUCACCAUAUUAUAAGAAAAGACAACUUUAUUUGUAUAAAUGUCAUCAGAGUUGUUGAGUAUGAAUGAUCAAGUAGUCCACUAAGAGUGAAUAAAUAUAUCAGAUUUCA